GUGUGUGUAUGUGUGUGUGCGUGUUGUGUGCGGGGUGACCAGCUGGGCCGAGAUUCGCCUGAGAAAUUGCACAGUCGACCCUUCUUCGUCCCGCGUUUCGGCGCCGACACGCUGCAUGCCGAUCUGUCAGUGGCGCCGACAUCAUCGCCACACCUGCCUCGGGAGCAGAAGUGAGGUGGAGGCGGGGGGCGAUGGCGCGACCUGCAGGGUGCCGCCAUGGCUGAUGAGUGCCUUGAGAAUUGCAGCACGAUGCAGUUGUUCUACGAGCUGAAGCAGAAGUUUCCGUCGGCGCCAGACCCCGUGGUCUCCGAGUGCAUCCGCCAGAGCAACAACGACCCCGCCAAGUGCGAGGCCCUUCUGAGGGCGAGCUGCGCCAGUAAGGGGUUCGCGGCCGGCCGUCGGCGCGGCGACUCGGCGUCCGAGGAUGUGUCCAGGCUGCGGACCAAGCUGCGCCCCACGUUCCUCCCCACCCGUCCCCUCUACUCGAGUCCCGAGCUUCGUUCUCCCUUCCAGGGGGGACCCCUGCAGGAGCCGCACCGCUUCAGUCGGCGGGCCUCCGACCAAUCGCAGACCACGGCCUCCCCGGACGCGUCUCGAUGCGAGUCGCGUGACCCCACGCCGCCCCCGCGGCCUCCGCUGCCCCCCAGCAUGGUGCAGGACCCGCUCAUGUGCGCCAGCUGCUUCCGACCUGAUGACCUUUUCUAUCAGGACUAUGAACACGAAGUGAGUGUGAACUGCAGUGCUCAGGGGGUGCUUGUGACCUCGUCGUGCAGCUCGCCGGUGGGCUCGCCCCUGUUCAACCCGCCGGUGCGGCACACCGCCUCCCUUCAGGUGCACCCCACGCCGCAUUUCCUGGCGCGACCGGCGUCGCUGACCUCGGUAUGCUCGUCGCCGACGGCCGAGCCGCGUUCCUACACGUCGGUCAACCUGACGUUGCGGCCGCCCUCGUCGGAUCCGCAGCCCCCCAUCGACAUCCGCUCCACCUCCAAGCUGACCUACUCGACCUCGUCCUACAGCCCUCGGCAGGGCUUCCAGUCGCAGCUGCACAUCCAGAUCGGGCCCGGAGGCGGCUCGGUCGCGGCCAUGCGCACCGCCAGUCAGCCGCCGAUGUCCAGCCCCUCGCCGCCUCCGCCACCUUUGUGUCGACAAGUGUUGGUCCGCACCGUGUCCAUGCCGGAUGUGUGCUCGGACAGCAAGACGGUCGAACAGUUCAAACCGAAUCUCAGCCUGCCUCUUGCUCUGAGGAGCCAAAUGGAGCGGAAAGCUCGGCUCGAGGCCGAACUGCAAACUGAGAAGAAAAAGUUGGAGCAGCUCAAACGGGAUGUCCACGCCAUGGAGAAAGACUUGGAGCUCAGACGCUCGUCUCGGAGAGGAAUGCUGCAUUCCUCAGCCACCGCCACGACACUUCGAAUUCAAGAGCUGAGGGUUGAAGUGUACCGACUGCAAGAGGAGUGCAACAGAAUGGCUCAAGAAGUUGAUCUGCAUAAUACCACUGUACCGCUGGGUGAGACUGAUGAAGAAUUUUACCAAAAUAUAAGCCCAGAGCGCAGAACUACCAUCAUUACGACAGAAAAUCAACAAUACCAUAGUUCUUGGCGAAUGAGGGGUGAAGCGAGAGGAGCGGCGCCAUCCUCUGACGGGCCCGAGGAAGAAGACGAGGACGGACCGCACUGGACUUGCUCGGUGUGCACAUUCCGGAACCACCCCGCUCUGAGGAAGUGCGAGCAGUGCGAGAUGCCACGCAUCUCUCUAGAUGUAACUGAGUCUGAAACGCAAGACAUUCAUAUCAGAGUCACUCACAGUAACUUCCCGUCACGACGAGUUGUUCAUAGUUGGGUCGUAUGACGCCGGGAUUUUUAAAUCGUGAACCCUCUUUCAAAGUUUCUUAAAUUUAGUUGAGCCUGCAAAUCAAGCAAGGAGAUGGCUGCAAACUUUAAAAUUUUGGAGGAGUUUCUGCUGCUUACUCUUUCCUCUCAGAAAACAUCACGACAUGAGCUGUGAUCCCUGAAUUCAGUACUGACUCAAGCAAUUGUGUUUGUUGAUGUGCGUGCAAAUUACGAAUGCCUCAAAUGUUCGACUUCUGAGAAUUUAUUCUAGAUAGCAAAGCGCGUAAACGGUGGAUGCCAAAACCAGUGACUGUGUUUGCCAAGCUCCAUAUUUUUGCCAGGUGUAACUUUAUUCAAAACCGGUCAUUCUUUUUAAAUCUCUCACAUGGCUGACGUUGUGCGAACAAAGGUGCGGCGAUUUUUUGUUGCAAAAACACUCUUAACCAAAUCUCCUGAAAUUUCAAAGAACCUCUAUUUUCCGAAAAAAAUUUUAUGCUCCAAACGUUGCAACACAAAUUCAUAUGCCCAGGAAGAAAAUAUUAAUACAAGAAAUAAUAUGUUUGUUCCGUCUCAAUAUUUUUGAUGCUGAAGUGUAACUAUUAGUGUAUAAUUACAAGCAAACAGGUACAAAUAAUUAUGUCGAGAAGUGGUACAUGCAAUAAAAAUUAUCUGAUUGAUUAAUUAUUCAAGUAGACUGGCAGGCAGCAAGCAUAACUGGGGCUUAAAAGUGACUGCGGCUAUUUUUAUUCAAAUAUAUACACUUUUGAGAAGAAUGCAGAGACGAAAUGUUCGUUUGCUAUUUUAUGUAUAAUUGAGGAAAAACAAAAUUUUUUACAAUUUCGUAUAUAUUUUGUUCUCAUCGUGGAAAUUGGAUAAGAGCAUAUCUUAUUAUAAUGUUGCACUCAUACAAUUUCCAUGCUGCCAGAGCAAAUUAUUUUAUCAUUUUGAUUUGAAAUUGUUUUGAAUGAUUUGCACAAAAUUGAAUAAACAUGCUGUUAUGCUAUUAAUAUUUAUGUAUCCAUGGAUAUUCACUAUGUAAUUUAUAUGCACAUGCAAGCAUCACAUUGACUCAUAUAUAAGGUCACUUUGUGUGGUUUAUUUAUUACUGUGACGUGCGUCAAAUUUGUGUAAGAAUUUUAAAUAUUUAAUAAUGCAGUUACAAUGAUUGCUCCACGCCCACGAAAUAAUUUCUCAGGUGCUGGACUUUUAAUUUGCUCUGUGAUUCCUUUUAGCAUCUUAUUUGUUGAAAAUAAAGUGAAAUUUGUGGAAAGUAAAAAAUACUUAAGUUUUGAGCAUUUUAUUUU